AUGCUUGUUGGUCCCCGCGACAAUAAUAACAACAACAACAAAACAUCUUGGAUCCUUAACUGGUUCUCACAACUCGCACAAUCAGGACGUUCAUCAUCAUCUUCAAACGAAAAUGCAGCAGCAACAGAAAUAAUACCUGCAUCACCACCACCAUCCGACUUGCCACCAAGGCAACAAGCAACAUCCGUUGAUGAAGAUACACCUCCACCAACACCACCUCCAGAGCGACGUGGAUCACAACAAACCGUCAGCACAACACGGACCUUCUUUUCCGAUAGUGAUGAUCAAUACUCAACUUUAUCCAGUGCACGACGACGUAGUAGUAGUGAGCGAUCGAUGCUUAAAGAGUUAUGGCUCAAAGCACGGAAACAUCAUCCGCAUUACCCACGGUUUCAUUGGCCGAGUCGUAACAAUCACCAUAAUCACCACCGACGACACCAUCAUCAUCAUCAUCAACAUCACUUGAUCUUUGAUCCCACACUGCAACAACAGCAACAACAGCAAAAUGAGUUAACUACGCAUAGCAUUCCAUCAUCUUGUUCACAACGACUAUCUUAUGACGAGACAAUGAUGAUACGAGCCGAUUCUUCUAGUUGCCAAGAGCUACUUCACCCACACAACAAACGCCAUUCAAUUACCUCCCUCAUGUCAGGUGAUCGGAUCACUUUUGCAUCACGACCAGCAUCCAUUUUUUGUUCUCAACCUGCUUCUCCCAUGCUCUCAAGAACUGCCAGCAGACAUAAUGAUAAUACGUCAAAUGACACCACCACUACCAAUGGAGAUGCUGCAACAAUGGAUGAUUUGUAUUCAAGGAUAAAUGACGAUACGCGUGAGAAUCGAACCCAUUUUCUACCAGAUCGAUGGGUCAUCAAGCCGGAGCUUGUGCAAUUAGCGUUGGACAAUGGGCUCUUUUGUAGUCCGUUCAACAUUUCUUCUUCCGCUGGUGCUUCUGAGAAGCAUGUGCUUCACGUUGGCUGUGGGGAUGGUACAUGGGCGUCAAGGGUGGCACUUGAAUAUCCAAAAUGGGUGGUAAUGGGUAUUGACGAUCGUUUGUCAAUCACACAUAAGCGUCAUCGAUCACCACUAAGGCCGAAUGUGAGGUUCCUCCGAGAUCCCGAAGUAUCCUUGCUUGACAUGCUACGACGUUUCCCUAAUGGAUCAUAUGAUUUGGUACAUUGUCGCUUCUUGAUACUAUCGUUAUCUUCGGAGCAGUAUCAGGAAUUGGUACAAGAAUGUUGGCGUAUAUGCAAACCAGGAGGCUAUGUGGAGUUGCUUGAAAUGGAUAUGCGUGUUUAUUAUACUCGCCCCUGCACGGGAAAAGUUAUGCAGCUGUUUAAUUCACAAGUUAUCCAUGCCAUGGAGAACAAGUCAUUAGAUCCACGCCUCGCCAGGCAACUCAAUAGCGUUGUAGGUGAUCUAUCACAACCUUGUGAUUCAUGUCGUCUGUUGUAUCAUGGCAACUAUAAGUCUUUACCACUUGGUGUCUGGGGCGGUCGUUUAGGUGUCAUGUUUAGAGAUGAUGUUCGUAGCUUGUUUGAACGUUUUCGAUCUAUCGUGGCAGAAAAGCAACAACAACAGCAACACCAACAACAAGACGAGUAUUCAUUGGCGGCUGAAGAUGUCAAUCCUCUACAUACCCCGGAUUCAGUACUUGAGCAAUUGGAUGCUGAUAUGGAUUCACAGCGAGCGUUUAUGAAUCUCCAUUAUACCUAUGCCCAAAAGGUCGAUUGUAUAUAA